CUUGGGCGGUGGCAGCGGCGGCGGCGGCGGCUGUAGUAGCUUCCUCACCAGCGGCAGCGGCGGCGGCGGCGGCGACUAGCCCAGCUGAAGCGGGAGAGAAGCGCGCAGGCGGCGUUGAUUCUCUCCGGGACUCACAAUGGACAGCCAGGGCAGGAAAGUGGUGGUGUGUGACAACGGCACCGGGUUUGUCAAAUGUGGAUAUGCAGGCUCUAAUUUUCCAGAACACAUCUUUCCAGCUUUGGUUGGAAGACCUAUUAUCAGAUCAACCACCAAAGUGGGAAAUAUUGAAAUCAAGAAUAACAAGAUGGAUCUUAUGGUUGGUGAUGAGGCAAGUGAAUUGCGAUCAAUGUUAGAAGUUAACUAUCCUAUGGAAAAUGGCAUAGUUCGAAACUGGGAUGAUAUGAAGCAUCUGUGGGACUAUACAUUUGGACCAGAAAAACUUAACAUAGAUACCAGAAAUUGUAAAAUCUUACUUACGGAGCCUCCUAUGAACCCAACAAAAAACAGGGAGAAGAUUGUGGAGGUCAUGUUUGAGACUUACCAGUUUUCUGGUGUAUAUGUAGCCAUCCAGGCUGUUCUUACUUUGUAUGCUCAAGGUUUAUUGACUGGUGUUGUUGUGGACUCUGGUGAUGGUGUAACUCAUAUAUGUCCAGUGUAUGAAGGCUUUUCUCUUCCUCACCUUACCAGAAGACUGGAUAUUGCUGGGAGAGACAUUACCAGAUAUCUUAUCAAGUUGCUGCUUCUUCGAGGAUAUGCCUUCAACCAUUCUGCUGAUUUUGAAACUGUUCGCAUGAUUAAAGAAAAACUGUGCUAUGUGGGGUACAAUAUUGAACAGGAGCAGAAACUGGCCCUAGAAACCACAGUAUUAGUUGAAUCUUAUACACUCCCAGAUGGCCGAAUUAUCAAAGUUGGUGGAGAGAGGUUUGAAGCACCUGAAGCUUUAUUUCAACCUCAUUUGAUCAAUGUAGAAGGAGUGGGUGUUGCUGAAUUGCUUUUUAACACAAUCCAGGCUGCUGAUAUUGAUACCAGAUCUGAAUUUUAUAAGCACAUUGUGCUUUCUGGAGGUUCUACCAUGUAUCCUGGGCUGCCAUCUCGUUUGGAACGUGAACUUAAACAGCUUUACUUAGAACGAGUUUUAAAGGGAGAUGUGGAAAAACUUUCGAAAUUUAAGAUACGCAUUGAGGACCCACCUCGCCGAAAGCACAUGGUGUUUCUGGGCGGUGCAGUUCUGGCAGACAUUAUGAAGGACAAAGACAACUUUUGGAUGACCAGACAAGAAUACCAGGAAAAGGGUGUUCGUGUGCUAGAGAAACUGGGCGUGACUGUUCGAUAAACUCAAAGCUUCUUCCCAUCACAUCUUUAAAGCUUUCUUUUCCCCCCCCUCUUUAUUGCCAAUUUUUGAACUCAUUCAGCUACAUCACAUGGAAAAGGCCUCUCUGUGCCCUUUGACAUGAAAGGUCAGGUUUUGUUCUGAUUUCUCUGGGAAGCUUUGGUAAAUGUUAGUUAAUGUGGCUAAAUUUGACUAUUUAAUUUGCCCACUUCCCUACAAACAAAACAGGAGAGCUAAGGGCCCUGUCUGUUGCAUUGUUUCUUCUCUGUAGGCAUUUGGAUAAUUCCUGUAGACUUUUUUAUUUUCAGUUUACUGCUAUAAUGCUGCUAGCUUUUGUCUUUAGCACACCAGGUGGUUUGCCUUUCUUAGCAUAAGAAAAACUUUUACAGCAGCUUUUAUAUCCUAUUACUUUUGUGGAGGAGUUACCUUUGCACCCUUUGUAGCCUUUCUUCCAUAAUGUGGAGUUUUAAACUGUCACUGCUACUACUAUAAAUACCUUAAAGCCUUCCAUGUUUAAUGUCUUGGGGAAAUAAUCUGGCUGUAAACUAAACAGUUAAAGUUCUCCUCCCUUUCCUCCAGAGGUUAGUGGGGAUACGGGAGUGGAAAUGAGUUGAGAGAUACUGUAUUUUGAUUUUGAGCUGUAUAUCUUUUCUGUGAUCAUUUAGGGUGAACUUUAUUUACAUUCAUUUUAUUUUGUAAGUUUUCCAUUUUAAUUUUGGUAUACAUUUCCAUAUGAUAGAAAAAGCAAGGGUAGAGUAAUAUCUAAUCCAUUGCCAUAUGGUUUAACCCUAGCUUAAAAAAAAUUUUUUUUUAAUUCCAUACAUCAUCAUUCUGGGACUGGUUUCUCUAGAAUUUGUCAAGUGAAAGAUGCUUUUUAGUAAUUCUAAGUACAGAGAAAAGCGUUACUUAAAAACUGAAUUGUAAAAUCGGUUAUUUUUCUAAAGUGCUUUUGUUUAUUUCUAAAGCACUUAUAUUAAAUUUUGCAGAGGCAGUAAUCUGAUGCCAAGUACUGUUCUUAAAAAGUGGAGAUUUCCUGUAACUGACCAGUGCUGAUUUAAAUAAAACAAGCAGAUAUGGUUGCUGGCAGUAAUUAAGAAGAAAUACCUCUACUUGUUGGAUUAAAAAAUAACAUUGGGUUAUGGGACUUGUUGCCAGUUGAUAAAUAUUCAUUCACAAGUAAUUUUUGCUUGUCUUGAUUUGAUACUGGGAAGGGGGUAGGGUGAAAUUCAAUUGUUUGAAAUGUUGUUUACAAAAGAAAAAUCAAGAUUAAAAAUCUCUAACAACUAUUGAAAAAAAAUAAUUGUAGCUGCUAACUAUCAUCCAUUUUUUAAUGCUUGAAAGAAGAGUUGUGUUAUGUAACUGCAUAGCAGGCUGUUGGUUAUGCUACAUCAUCUGUAUAAAACUACACAAUAGUUCUUAGUAUUUAUUGGAAAUAUCAAAUAAUAUCAUGCAGAUGAAGUUUUUUAAUUUUUUGAAUAAAGUAACAGGAAAUCAUAUAACUGAUUUUAAAAAUGAGCAUUUUGAAGACCCUUAUUCCAGAAGUGAAGUUUAUUCACAAAUAGUGAUGUCUUAAAAAAGGGAAUAAAGAUGAUUGGACCUAUGUUUUCAUUUAAUGGAGACUUCUCUCAGAAGAGCAUCCUCGAGGAUCCUUAGGAAAGUGUCCUAGGCAUUGAGAGGUUUAGUGACUUCCCCAGAGACAGGACAUGAACCCCCAGGCUUCCUAAUUUCCAGGCCACAUGCACCCCUGCCUCUCAUUUCUGAAACUUCUACUUUUUCCCUCUUUUGGACUCACUAAAAUCAGAAAAAUUGACUUAGGCCUGUAUUUAUGAAAACUUUAAAUCUGUUUAAAAGCAACAAGUACAAAAAAAGAAGUUAUGCAGCCAGUAUUUUGAUAAUGGUGAUUAAAUUUGUUUAACCCUUAACUUGGAAAAAGGCAAACUUAUAGGCAUGCUGGAUGUGCUUUCAACACCUUUACAUAUAAUACGAGGUAAUAAAUUUGAGUAGUAUUGAUAUGAAGUAUUUGGAUUCUUAAAAUCUUCUAAAUGGACUUCAUUGGGUGGGAUACUCAUAUAAAUAUAAAUUGGUUACUGUCUUGAGCACUGGCCAUGUCGGAUGAUCCACAUUUAGGAGAAGUAUUGGCUGCUAUUUUCAACAUUAAAGGAGUAACUCAUUUUACCUUCAGACAGUUGUCAAUCCAUGGAAUAAAUAAUUAAAACAAAUUGGACAUUGUUUUUAAAAAAUUGUUGAAUUCUGAAUUGAAAAUUUUCAUUAUACUACUUACCUUUCUACACUUACUAUAAAAUUCCAUUUUAAAAUCUGAUUCUCAUGACUUUUGAAUGAGUACAUUUAGAAAUGUCUUUUUGGGUGUCUCUGAUUAAUUGGUGUUUUUGUUGUGUCAGAUAAAGUUCCCACAGGGGAAGUUUACAACUGCUUUCACAGCUUACAACAGAAUGCUGAGAAAAGAAAAUAGUCACUCAAAUUUAUAAUUAUGAUACUUUUGAAUUUUUUUUUAAUCUAGAAUUUGCUUAUGUUUUUGACAGUUAAAGGGUUUCUUAGGGUUUCAUCCUACUUUUAAACAUCUAUCUGCUUUAAAACCACACCAAAUCUUGGUAUUUAGGAUGUUAACCCAGGUAAACAAAAUCAAAAGCAUUAUUACAGUUCUGAGCAAUGUUAAAAUAUCUGGAAAGCCAUUUGAGAAACUGUCAAUGGAUAUUUCAGUAGUUUUAAAUUUAAUUUGAGCACGGGCCUUUUUUAUUGAAAAAUAAAAUAAAAUUUUUCA